AUGGUAUCCAACGAAGAAGAAAAUUCCUCUCCCCCUGCUCCCAAUGACCGAUCUUCGCGAAGUCCAAAAAGCCCGAAGCGCUCCAAGGAUAGGGACUCCAAGGCAAAAGAACGAAGUCGUCGAGACCGCGGUCAAUCAGCAAGUACACCAGGAGCCGUCCGCUCUUCCAGCACCAGUGAGAGAAAGAAGAGAAGCUCGGUUGCUGACAAAUCUGGACGGACCUCAUCGAGGUCGUCUUCCGUAACCAAAAGUCCUACCAGAAGUCCUGGAACCAGCAGUGGCAAGAGAAAGAGUAGUUUUCCACCACCCACAAGUCCCGGAGCAGUGUCGUCUACCAGCAGAGAAAAGAGAAAGAGCAGUUUUCCACAAGCAACAAGUCCUGGAGCAGUCCCUUCUACCAGCAGAGACAUGAGAAAGAGUACUGCUAGAUCCGACAAGUCUCGUCGCACCUCGGAUGCAUUAGUAUCUCCUGGCGCGUCGAAAAGACGAGGCGCUCGUCCCAGCAACGCAAAGAGCAAGCUAAUGAUGGGCAAUACAACACGCAACGGUGUCGUUUCAUCGGCCAGCAACGAUAUGGAAACUGGAAUUGUCGCAGAGACAGUGGAUGAAACAGAAGUUGAAGUUUUGCGAGCGGAAUCCGACAUGACUGCAAAUGCCCUUCUCGAAAUGAAUCGAGAAGUUGGAGCCUUGCGCUCCGAGCUUCAGCGCACAAAGGAAGAGCAAACGACCCGUAGUGGAAUGCCCCUUUGGAAAAAAAUAUGCUUGGUCAGCUUGGUCGUCGUUUUUAUUGGUGGCAUCGCUGCGGCUGUCAUUGCUUUCACUGGAGGUGAUAGUGACGAUGGUGCGCAAAGAACAGCUGUUAACAUGCCUGAAACAACCAGUGGACCAACAGGACAAGCAACCACCGCAUUUCCAGAAGAUAUUGCCACUUCUAGUCCUACGGUCGACACAUUCCUUCCACCAAGUCCGGAUGUAUGCUCGGCGGUAGCGGAAGGCCGCCCUGUCGACGGGCAAGAAGACUGGAUCGAGCAACCAUUUUCUGUUUCGAUGAAUAUUAACCUGACAGUGGAUACUGAAGGCGAUAUAUGGUGGCCCGGGCUUCAGAGGAAUAUUCAGCAGCUUGUAAUGCCACCUAUCGUUGGAUGCGGCAAUACAACUGCUCUUGAUGUUUUCCUUGUUGGAAACGCGCAAGUCAACGAGGACUAUGUCUCAGUGGUGCCAUGUGAAGCGGGCGAAGAGGAAACAGACGGAUCUUGUUACAUUGUUGAAUUACAGUUGGUGCUUUUUCUGAAGCAGAUUGUGAGUUAUGAUGUCGUCAACGACCUGAGCGAACACGUUGAGCAAGUCUUUCAGAACAGUACAGAUUUAUUGGUUGAUGCUCAAGACGAAGAUUCCAAAAUAAUCAAAGACAUUGGGACUUUGGAUAGCAAGCCUGUGACUGAAUCACCUUCACAACACCCAUCAAAUAGUCCUACCAACGGUCCAAGCGAGUCGCCUUCCUUCAACCCAAGCGUAUCAACUUCUGCGGAGCCUACCAACCGAUCGACGCCUGGCCCAACCACAUCGCCAACGCCCCCUCAAACUCCUGGACCAACACAAGCUCCUGUCUCUGGACCAACCCUACCACCUACGCCUGGACCAACGGUAGCUCCCACCCCACUUCCAACUCCAGGACCAACAUUUGCACCUGUAUCUGGACCAACAUUGGCACCGACAUUAUUUCCGACUCCUGUACCAACAUUUGCUCCCACUCCUGGGCCAACAACAACUGCCGCCACCCCUGGGCCAACGACAACUUCUUCAUUGACUCCGACUCCUGAACCAACGCUGACUCCUUCAUCUGGACCAAGUGCUCCUCCGACUCUUGCUCCGACUCCUGGACCAACGACAGCAACACCAUCGACAGCGCCAUCAACAGAGCCAUCGACAGCUCCCACUACAGGGCAACCAAGUCAAUCGCCAAGUUCUGCUCCUACAUCGAAGCGUAUGGCACUGGAAGCCAUGUUGUCGCGAUUUGCUCCUUUUGACGGGAACAAGGGAUUGGCAAUGGAUUGGCUCGUGGCAGAUACCUGGGACAUCGCAAAUGACGAAUUGCAAUUAUGGGAGGAACGAUUCGCACUUGCAGUAUUCUAUUAUGCAACCACCGGAGAUGGCUGGAACAACAAUGCUGGAUGGUUGACUCCAACACAUGUUUGUUCUUGGUAUGGGAUAAACGGAUGCAAUGCGAACGGUUCGGUGCUUAGGCUUGAACUUACAAUUGAUCGUGUAAAUUUUAAUUUGGUUGGCGACUUGCCUGAUGAGUUGAGGGCACUGACCAAUCUUGAAUUCAUGCAAUUUGCUUGGAAUAAGGAUCUCAGUGGCAGUAUUCCUUCCUUUCUCACCGCGAUGACCAAAUUGAAAGAGUUAUCUCUUUCGGACACAGGUCGUACUGGACCGAUUCCUCCAGCGCUUUGGACUUUGACGAAGCUAGAGAGACUGCGGUUGUCAGGAAACUACCUGACUGGGACUAUACCACCAGGAAUCAGCGCCUUGACAAACAUUAGAACCAUCGGUUUGCCAUUCAAUGAUCUGGUUGGAUCCCUACCUGAUGAGUUUAGUGGGAUGACUCGGCUUGAAGGACUUGGUGUCAAUGAAAACUUCCUGACUGGUACCAUACCACCUCUUCCGAAUGUGGCUGCUUGUAACUUAGCCGUUGAGUCAGACGCAUUCCAUUUCGCAGCUAGAAAAACAGAGGGGAACUGUUUUACCGACACUACCAAUGCACCUGGUACUUGCAACCUCAGCGCAAACCAGUGCUAA